AUGAACAAGAAAAGACACUUUCUGGAGGCCCCAGAGGUCAAAGACUACCUGGUGAAAGGAGAAAGAUUCACCAAAUGGUCAGAGGACUCUACAAAGACUGUUCCUGUCACCAUGAAGAUGGAUCCAAAAGGUUUUUAUGUCUACUGGAUCAACCAAAGCAAGGAGACAACGUUCCUGGAUGUCGCUACUAUCAGAGAUACCAGAACAGGAAAAUAUGCAAAACUUCCCAAACACCCCAAGGUCCGCAACGUGUUCAACCUGGACUUCCCCGACAGCAACCAUCUCGCCAAAACUCUGACCAUUGUCUCGGGCCCGGACACUGUGAAUCUGACCUAUCAUAACUUCUUUGCCUCUAAGGAGAAAGUGACACAGAACUGGGCAAAUGACAUCCUUUCAAUUGCCUACAAUGCUGCAAGAAACAACGCGUGUAGGCAGGUCUUCCUGGAGAAAAUAUACGUCCGCAUCUCUCUUCACACCAACAAGGACGGCAAGAUUCCCGUGAAAAACAUUUACAAGAUGUUCCCUGCGGAUAAGAAGAGGGUGGAGAGUGCCUUGGCAUCGGCACACCUCCCUAAAGGAAAGUAUGACACCAUGAAGCCUGACGUCUUCACCGAGUCUGCCUUCAAGGCCUUUCUGACGAAUCUCUGCCCUCGGCCUGAGAUCUACGAGAUCUUCACUUCUUACUCCAACAAACCCACCAUGACAAAGGAGAAUUUCACCAAGUUCCUCAAUGAGAAGCAGAGGGACUCCCGGCUCAACGAGGAGCUGUUCCCACGACUGCGGCAGGACCAGAUCAAGGCUCUGAUCGACAAAUAUGAGCCGUGCUCCUCCAACACGAACAGAAAUCUGAUUUCGCCAGAAGGUCUCCUGUUCUUCCUGAUGGGGCCGGAGACAUCAGUUGUCAUCCAGGACAGGCUGGCCAAGUGUCAGGACAUGACCCAACCUUUACCCCACUACUUCAUCAAGUCCUCCCACAACACGUACCUGACAGCUGGUCAGUUCUCUGGCGUGUCGUCUCCGGAGAUGUACCGCCAGUGUCUGCUGUCCGGCUGCCGCUGUCUGGAGCUGGACUGCUGGAAGGGCAAACCUCCAGAUGAAGAGCCCAUAAUUACCCACGGCUUCACCAUGACGACUGAGAUCCUCUUCAAGGAUGUGAUCGAGGCGAUUGCUGAGAGCGCCUUCAAGACCUCACAGUACCCCAUCAUCCUCUCGUUCGAGAACCACGUCGACUCGGUGAAACAGCAGGAGAAGAUGGCAAACUACUGCAAAACCAUAUUUGGCGAUGCCCUGCUAACAGAGCCGCUGGACAAAUAUCCUCUGAAGCCAGGCCAGCAGAUUCCCAGCCCAUCUGAGCUCCUGGGCAAGAUCCUCAUCAAGAACAAGAAGGGCAGCCAUGGAAAGCCAACCCAGGCUAAGAAACCCACCGCAGCAGCCGCUGACCAGGCCACAACCACGGCUGCAUCCCCCCAGGACCCAAACGCCACAUCCCAGGAUCCUGCCAACCCAGCGCCCAGCACCCAGGAGAACCAAGAGGGAGACACAGCUGUGGAGGACACCGAGGAGCAGGAGGACACAGAGGAACAGGAUGAGGAGAAAAUGAAGACAUCAGAUGAGGGCACGGCCGGACAAGAAGUAACAGCGUAUGAGGCGAUGUCAUCCAUAGUCAACUACAUCCAGCCCAACAAAUUCAUCUCUUUUGACAAUGCCAGAAAGAAAAACAAGAGUUACGCCAUCUCAUCUUUCGUGGAGACCAAAGGGGAGACAAUGAUUGCCAAGACUGCUGUUGAAUUUGUCGAAUACAACAAGAGGCAGAUGAGCAGGAUCUACCCCAAAGGAACAAGAAUGGACUCGUCCAAUUACAACCCGCAGCCUUUUUGGAACGUCGGCUGCCAGAUGGUGGCGCUCAACUACCAGACGAUGGAUUUCCCCAUGCAGCUGAACAUGGCCCUGUUUGAAUACAACGGCAGAACGGGCUACUUGCUCAAGCAUGAUGUUCUGCGUCGCAGCGACAAGAAGUUUGACCCUUUCUGUGACAGGAUUGACACCGUUGUGGCAAGCACGUUGACCAUAAAGAUCUAUUCGGGCCAGUUCCUGUCGGACAAGAACGUGAAAACAGGGGUGGAGGUGGAGGUGAUCGGGCUGCCGGGAGACCCCAAGAAGAAAUAUCGCACCAAGUGGUCCCCCACGCCCAACGCCAUCAACCCAGUGUGGAAUGAGGAGCCUUUUGUCUUUGAGAAAAUUCUGCUCCCAGAAAUGGCCUCUCUACGAAUUGUGGUCCAUGAGGAGAACGGUAAAUUCUUGGGACACAGAAUCAUCCCACUUGAUGCCAUCCAAUCAGGUUUUCAUCACAUCUGCCUGCGCAGUGAGAGCAACAUGCCACUCACUCUGCCUGCCCUCUUUGUGUACAUCGAGGUCAAGGACUACAUCCCCGCUGCCUUUGCAGAUUUCACAGAUGCCUUGUUCAACCCAACAAAAGGUACAGAAAAGUCCACAAAGACGCCAAAGGAGUCAUCUUCCGACUACAUUUCUCCCUACGAGAUGCCUCUCGUGGUCCAGACCCCCACAGACAAAGCUAAGGAAAGUGAAGCCCCGGCUGCAGAAACGCCCGCAUCCGAACCUACCCCACCAGCUGAUGCCAAAGACGAAUCACCCCAGCCACCUCCAGAAGCAAGCGCUGAAGAAGGUAAAGAAGAGGCUGAGAGCAAGCCAGACACUGCACAACUUGAGGCAGAACCUCCUCAAACUCCUGGCGACACUCCAGCUGCAGAUCCAGCCCCGGAUGCAGGAGGCGCCACAUCUGAAACCCUUCCUGAAGCCAUUCCUCCUCCUGAAGAGGCAGCCCCUGAGAAGGAAGCUGUUGCAGAGCCAGAGAAGGCUCCCGAAACCAAUGAGGAGCCUGCCAGUGAAUCCAGCACAAACCCUGAAUCUGCUUCAGAUGAUAAACCAGACACAGAAGCUGCCAGUGCUGCUGAAGAGCCUGCUGCUGCUGCUGCUGCUGCUGCUGCUGCUGCUGCUGCUGAGGCCUUGCCCUCUCCAUCAAGUUCACCAUCUGCAGGAUCAGAUGACUCAUCUCAGCCACCACCGACUUCCAGCGAAGAGCCUUCGACAGUGACUACCGGAGAACUGACAGAGCACAAGAACUACCUGAAGGUCGUCAAGCGCCAGGAGAGAGAGAUGAAGGAAGCAGAAAAGAAGUAUCAGAAGAAAGGAGAGGACCUGAUUCAGAAAUACUCUGACUCCUUCAAGGCCAUCAAGAAGAAGGCCUCUCUGAAGAAAAAAGAGGGAGAGGGAAACGCCUCCGACUCCGGUGUGACGACGGAGCGGGUGCAGGAUCAGAAAGAAAAGAUGCAGGUGGAUCUGCAGGCUUUAUGGACGGAGCAAUGUGAUCAGCUGAGGAAGAAGAAAGAGCAGUACGCCACGGAGAGGCUGGCCAAACUGUUGGAGAUGGCUGCAGAGAGACACGCUAGUGAACUGAGGGCCCUGGAGAGUGAAAUCAAAGACAAUAAGAAGAAAUCAGCUGCCAAACGUUCAAGCUCAGAGAAAGCAAAGCUGAAAAAGGCGAUGAGCACAGAGCUGCUGGAUGAGCCUAGUCAGUCUGAUGAAGCAUCUUCAGAUUACAGCCCGCAGCAAGAGUCUCUGAUGAAGAAACAGGCUGCUACACUGGAGGAAAUCAAGACCAUGACUAAUCAGCUCAAUCAGGAGGCCUUGAAGGAGCACGAGCAGAAGCUGAGGUCCCUGCCGGCAGAGGUGAGGGAAGCAGUCAAUGUCUGUGUGGGGGCCCACUUUCCCGAGCUGGUCGAUCAAGCUGGAGACAAGAAGGUGGAGGGAGUGGGCUUCUAUGGAGAUGUCUUCCUGGGAUAGAUGUGCCAACUCUAAUAUCUUAUAUCAGCCUGUUACAUAACCUACAAUCUGAGCAGAACAUUGUAAUAGUGGACCAUUAUUCAGUUAGGGCAGCUUUGUGUGAUAUUUCAAUUUAGAGGCACUAUUCAUAGAGGGAUUUGAGAGUUUAAAGCCAUAAUGAUAUUUUCAUGAAUGUCCUGUAGUGCAAACGUUAGACAAUUUGGACAUUUUCUGUGUGACUCUUUGUGUCUCCUCCUUUUGACCAAUCAAAAAAUAGACCUAAUAGAGCGACAAAUAUCUGCCACUUGAAAGCACAUCACUAAAAGCCUUAGUCUGAUGCCCGCACUCCCCUUUGCUGUCCUCUUAAUGAGUUCCAAAAUGGGAAUAAGUGUAGCAAGAAAAAUAUAGCCGCAAAAAUGGGUUAGCAGAGACUGCAGGCUGAAUCGAGACAAUGACUACAUCUGUCACACGCGAUGUGUGAUGCCCAGUGAUGCCACAGAAAAGCAUUCGCACUGAGAUUGAGGGGUGUUGUUGCAAGGAAAAAGGCAGAAAAGGGUUAUAUUUACUCUAUAACUGGGUCAACUGUAGUAUUAGUUCCAUGGUGAUGCAAUAUUCCUCUUGCAGUCUUGUGAAGAAGAGUCUUUAAUAAAAUGUCAUUUGUGCAGUACA